AUGUCUUUCUGUAGAAUAACGGGACGCAGUCGAGGCUUACCCAAGCCUAAUUACUUUCCACUCCUUGCACCGAUCUCUCCCGCUGAUGCGAAACGAUGCUGCAGGAUAACCGGGAAAUCGUAUGGGCUGCCUUCUCAUCAUUACAUUCCAGUCUUACUCACAACUCGUUCAACUAAAACGAAAUGUAAAAUAACAAAUGUGUCUGGUGAACUCGGACCCCAUCAUUAUUCACCUGAAAUAAAUUAUGGAAAUAGAAAACAUGAAAUUUUACCAGACUAUCGAUAUAUAUUCCCUGUUCUGGAUGGUUCGACUGAAGCUCAGCGAUAUUUAAUGGAUAUGCUUCUCACUAAACAAGUUGCCGAUGAAAAGCGUUAUGUGUACACUGUCGACGAGAGAAGGUGUAGUUUAGUUUUUUCUGCUCGUUUGGAGGCAGCAGUGAGGGACGGUGAUGUUAGAGAUGUAAUGUUGGCGAAAGAUUCAGAUACAGUCCUCAUUAAAACAAAACAAGGACGUAGUGUUUCCAUGGAUUUUAAAGAUUUUACUGAGGAUGUCGAAAUCUAUGAAGGUGAGGGACCGAACGCGGAGGUCUUGAGACAGAGAGAAGCUGAAGAAUUAGAAGAGAGAAAAAAGAAAAGGAAACGAGCUGCAGGGCUAUCCUCGAUGAAGAAAAUAUUUGAAAAUAAAGAAAAAUUAGAGGAAGUGCAGGAAUUUGAGGAGAUUAAAAUGCGUCAAGAACGUUUGGCUAAAAAAGCUAAACUUGAAGAUUUCAAGCACGAAAAACAUGAUAUUAAGACGUAUUCUUGUGAAAAAUUCGACUUACAUCAUAUGCGUUCCAAAUCAAGUAUAGUUUCGUGCAGUGGCGAAUGGAAGGAUCAAAUGCAACCCCUUCCUGAAUCGUGGGACUGGGAGUUAUUUGAAAACCAAAUGACUGGUGAAAAGUUUAAUUCUAAAAUUACUAAAUUGCCAUCGCCCAUACAGAUUACACCUCAUCAUUGUGAUUCCGAAAUUUAUGAAGUCGAUAAAAAUAUUAGUGAUGUGUCCGUUUUCUUAGAGAAUGUGCCCUGUGUUAAUCCUUUAAAGCCGAUAAAAACUAAACCUUCUGAAGCAGUAAUUAACGCAGUUGCAAAUUUACCGUCAGAACGAUUAACAGAGACUGCAAAUAUAGCAGAAAGGUUAUUGGAAGUCGAUAAAAUAGAUAUGCUUCCUACUCUCGAGAAUUUACCAGAGGUUGUGAAGGGUAUACGGAAAGGGAAAAGGGAGAGAGUUGCAAAAAUAUCAGGGCUUACGUUAGAUAUAGAUAAAGCAAAGAAAUUUAUACCUGGUCAGCAUAUAAAUACACCACAAGGACCGGUGUUUGUACCAGGACAGACAGUAGAAACACCUUUAGGACCAUUAUUUGUUCCGGGGCUAACAGUGAAUACUCCAGCUGGACCUGGACUUAUUCCAGGACAUAUUGUAGACAAUGAAAAUACUUGUGAGCCAUUCUUCUUAGCCGGUCAAGUGUUACAAACAAUUAAUGGCGAAGAAUUUGUUUGCGGACAAACAAUAAAAAACAAAGAUGACUCAUAUAGAUUUACCGAAGGCCAAACUGUUAUAAGUGAGGAAGGUUUGAAAUUCGUUCCUGGAAAAAUUAUAAAUAAUGGAUCUGAAGAGUUAUUCGUACCAGGACAAACCAUAAUGACUCCUGAUGGAGUUCAAUUUAUACCCGGCCAAACAAUAUCUGAAAAUGAUAACAUAAUUUUUACUCCAGGUCAAAACGCCAAAAUUAAUAACGAGUGGCAGUUCGUACCCGGUCAAGCAAUUCAUCAUGAUGACGAAUUACAUUUCGUGCCCGGUGCAACAUUGUCAACGCCGAACGGACUUAAAUUCGUACCCGGCCAAACAGUUGAAGUAAAUGGUGAAACAACUUUUGUUCCUGGAAUUACAAGAAUGAAUAAAAAUGGGUUAGAAUUUAUUCCCGGUACUACUGUGGACACUAUUGAAGGGCCAAAGUUUAUUGAAGGUCAAAUUAUGAGUUCAGAUUGUGGCGAAAAGUUUGUACCCGGAAAAACUAUUGUACAGGGAAAUGGUAACGUUGAAUUUUCGAUUGCAAAGUCAAUUGAAGAUAUUACUUUUACGGAAAGUAUGCCAAUGGGAUUACCUAUUGAUAUUAAGACAUGUUCACUAUCCGAAGAAUCUUUAUAUGUUUUCGGCCACAUGGUGCAAACACCUACAGGUAUAGAAUUUUAUCCAGGGUCCAAAAUUCCAAAAUGUGAAGGAAAAGUUGUUCCUGGCCGUCUGGUAAAGAAUGAAGAAAACCAGUCACGAUUUGUUCCAGGAAUGAUGGUGGAAGGAAUUUUCGUACCUGGUCAAAUUGUUUUUACAGAAAAUGGUGAACAAUUUGUUCCUGGUCAAGUUGUAGACACAGUGGAUGGUCCCAAAUUUGUUCCUGGUCAAGUAGUGAAUACUAAAACUGGACCCAAAUUCGUGCCAGGACAGACAAUACAUACUAUUGAUGGGCCUAGGUUUGUACCUGGACAAAUUAUUGAAACGAAGGCUGGGCCUACCUUUAUUCCUGGUCAAGUUAUAUCUACUGAGGAUGAGGGUUCGCGAUUUGUCCCCGGUCAAGUAGUUGAUACUGAGGAAGGUCCUCGUUUUGUUCCUGGUAGAGUAAUAGAAACUGAGGAUCAAGGUGUAACCUUUGUACCUGGGCAAAUAGUACAAACCCCGGAAGGACUGAAAUUUGUAGCUCCUGAUUUGAUUGAAGGCGAAGAAGGUCUCGAAUUUUCAGUACAAAGUUUCGUUGUUACUCCUGAAGAAUUGAAAUUAUUAAAAGUUAAAACUAAUCCCAAUGACACAACUUCAACAAAAGGAGAGUUGACCAUUGACACAAAAAUGUUAAGGCAACUUUCUGAAGCUGGAAUGUCCAUUGGAAGACAAGUACCUACAGAUCUGCCCGCCAUAAACGUGGUAUUAAACCACACCAAAAAUGCUGAAGCAUUAAAAGCUUUUGUAACAGAUUUUGGAUUAAAAGAUGACGUAGCAAAUCAAUUGAUGGAAGUAAUAACUUCCAUAAUAGAAAUGAGCGCUCAUUUAAAAUCAGAAAUGCAUGUCAAUAAUAAAGAUAACGGUUUAGUAGCCGAAAACAGAAAAGGACGUAGCAAUAAAAAACGUUCAGAGAUACAAAAAGACAAUGACUUUUCUGGUGAUAACGAACAUAAUAUACAUCAAGAAAAGGUUAAAAAUUCUAUUGCCGCUGCUGUAUUGGCCGCACUCGUUACUGCGGAGCAAUUCGAAGAGUUUAAUAAUAACAAUAGUAAAGAAAAAUACAAUCAUAUUCUGAAAUCAAUUGACACAAUUUUAGGUAAAGCUAUAGAUGAAGAUUUUGUUUCUGCAAUGUUCAAAGUUCUUCAAACGGAAGAAGAUAAGGAAACACUGUGUGAAGAAAUACUUGAAAAUUCUAGUUAUUCAAAAGUAGAAUUAAUUAAAAUUGCUGUUAGUAGCAUAUCAGAUAAGAAACCAUUUACUGAAGAGCAGAUUAUUGAUAGAUUUGCCAAAUUUUUAAGCUCUGAAUGUGAAGUAAUAGGUCCCGCUUUCAAAAACAUCACCAAAAAUGAUACAUGUUUGUUACAGCAUGUUUUAAGUCGAAUUUCAGACUCUAUUUCAUUCAUCAAAUCAGACAACGAAGCGGCAGAGACGCUACAAAAAGCUAUCGUAUCAGCUGUUCAGGAGACGAGCAGCAAAAACUUGGAAACGAUACUUGAAGGUUCAGAUAAAGAUAAUCUUAAAGUGAUCAUCGAACAAUCAGCAGGACUCGCGAGAGUCCUUGGAAUGAAUGAUGUGUCAAAGAAAAUAUUAACAGCUUUAAUAGAUGAUAGUCAUUUAAAUAAUGUCACCAGUGACAAGACAUGUAUGGAUGUUUUAAAACGAUUAACGGUUAUGCGACAGCUGGCUGAACAAACACCAAAUCUUCACAGUACCCUAGAGAAACUCGAAAAGGACCCUUCAUUAGCACGGACCGAUCCGAAACUGAGAGAUUUAGUUUUGGAAAGUGCAGCUCUUAUGAUUGUUCCAGAAGAACCUCCUUUGAUGACGUCAGAGGACGUCCCAUUAAGUUUACUACAGCCAGAGAACAGUCUCGCGAUGGAGGACUUCUUAUUUCAACGUAAAAAACACCGAGGGGCACUUUUAAUCAUGAAAAAAGGAUUACAAGCAGUCGUCCCUAGGGAGGCGAGUCGAGCCGUGCUCACUGGACAAGUCUCAUACACAGUAUUAGACGAAAACGGAAUACGCCAUUUCGAACCAUUACAUGUAUUUUCAGCUCUUAAUUUAAGUCAACCAACAGCACAUAGAUUUAGUAUGUACAGCUGUCCGGUGUUAGACGAUAACGACGAAGAUCUCCAAACAUUUACUGGCUACUGUAAUAUAAGUACAAAUCAAAGAAUAACAAAAUUGGGAGGAUAUAAAAGACAUAACGGUGUUAACAUCGAUAAAGAAAAUUCGCGACGUUCUAGUUAUCUUGAAAAUACGCCGACUUAUAAGAGAUAUCAAUCUAGAUCUUUGACGAGAUCGAGGUCCACGUGUAGUAGAAGUCCGCCGAAGGUGGACGAUGUUGUGGUCGCGACAUCAGACUACACGGCGACCAAUGAUGACGAAGUAUCUCUAAAAGCUGGAGAUAUUGUUGAGGUUCUCGACACGAAAGCCGUAGCCGGCGGAUCAAAUACCACUUUACCCCCUCAUUUGUGUAUUAACACUCUCCCUAUCCCCAGGAAAGCUAACAUCGACUCCAAUCUGGACGUGGAAGCCGACCUCCUGGACCUGUCGGCUGCAAAGCAUAAACUAUCAGUAAGACCGAAGAAAAAUCAUAAGAGUAAGCUAUCCAAGAAGAGCUCGCAGCAAGAGAGAUGGCUUGUUCGGGUGUUGGAGGACGUGUGUGGUGGGGAGGUGGUGUCUCGCAAGGGUCUGGUACCAGCUCACGUGCUGAAGGAAGAACGACCUGAGAGAGAUCAGAUCGCGCUGGCUGCAAGGAGACAAGCGGUGGUCCGUGAGCUGAUAGAAACUGAGGAGGAGUUCGGGCGUGACAUGAAGCAGGUUGUGGAUCAGUACAUGAAGCCCUUGGACAAGGCCUCCACUCCCAAACCAGUGUUUGACAACAGAGAGUUGCUGUUCUCUAACUUCAAGCAGAUCUGCGAGUUUCAUAACACGAGUCUCCUUGAAGGCGUGAAGUACUACGCCGAGGAACCUCGUAUGCUGGGUCGCGCGUUGUUGAGGAUGGAGCGAGAGUUUGACAAGCACGUGGCGUACUGUCGUGAUGAGCCACACGCUCAGAGACUGCUGACCGAGGACCCUGUAGUGUCCAGGUACUUCAAGGCUUUAGCAGACAAAGUCGGUGACGACAAAGGACUCGCCGAACAUCUCAAGUUACCCAUCCAAAGAAUUAACGACUACCAGCUUCUUCUAAAGGUGAGUCAUAUAUCAGAAUAA